AUGAAAGACCUCAGGACGUCAAGCAACAGAGUUCGCCAUGGGCUAGCAGUUUCCACUGCUUUGCUGGUGAUUACUAUACUCGUGAUAUCGAUGGUUUUCGGUAUUACUGCGGACCGGAAAACAAAUCAAGCUAGUACAACUCGUCCUAAGCAAGCAAAUGUUGAGGCAGUAGAAUGGGAUAGUCCUCAGCUGCCCACUUUUUACCCAACCUGCAACGGUAGCGAUCUCGAGGCCCUACAAGAAGCUUUCCAAGAAACGCUCAACGUGACCGCGCACGCCAGAAGCAGGAUCAUGGCGUACGGUAGUAACGACCAGAUCUACCAGCGGUGGUUCGGCGACGGCAGCAUAUACACAGUUCUCGGAACACUGGAAGCGGUGGCCGAGAUCCCUAAAGAAGAUGCGCUGUUCCGGUGUGACGAUAUCGACGGCCUCUGUGCGGCCAACCCAAAUUAUUAUGCUGGCCAUCAUCGUUCGAAUGCGACGCAAGAGACGGUAAUUUGCGACUACUUCUACGUGGCAAAAUUGCCCGCGAGCAAGAUGUGCUCCAAUGGUACCGUUGCUUCUGUGGCGCCCUCGAAGUUCAUGGGUAUUGAUAUGAUCCAUCGUCUCUUCCACGUCCCUACGAUGAGUCUAAAUGAGUACAUUGGCGAGUACACAGAAGACGUUGACGAGAUCCUAGCCAUGGCCAAAACGAACUCAUCGUUUGCUAUCCGCAACGUAGACAGCUAUCUGUACUACCUGUACGACGUAUAUAGCAAUGUUAUCCAGUCUGGUGGGUGUCUGGGGGAUAUUGAAUAG